CUCUCUCUGCAUGGCCUUCGCCUGCAAGAACCGAGGUCUCCCUUAUCACCCAGGAUCCGAGCAGCUCCCCUUGUGAUUAAUCAAAAAGUAAACAUUUGGGGUUUGCCCUAAAAUGUGAAUAUCUAGGGACCCAGCUCCUAAAGCCCUCAGGAUCCCAGUCUGUGUGCUAACAACAUGGCAGGUGGCAGCCCCGCCACCCAGACCCCAGAGCUGCAGGGUUGGGGGUGCUGCUCACCCAAACACAAAGGCAGGAUCUCCAGGCAGAGGGACCCAGGGAAAGCAGAACCCCAAGGCCAACAUCUGAAUCAAUCGCACAUAUGAAAUAGAAGAAGAGCCACAAAACCCCUAAAUACUGGGGGUUCUGAGUUUCCGUUUUGGUGGGCAUGUGGGGUGGUCUCGGGGGGGGCUGAGCUGCGCCAACCCUGAGCAGUUCGUGUCAGAAGUGAAUGGAGUGGCAGGACGCCGUGCUGGGGACGGGAUCCGGAGAGUCUGUCAUGGGUGUCCCUCUGCACACCUUCCCUUCCACUGUCCAGCACCUCAGGGUCCCCCACCCAGGGGCUCAAUCCCGCCAAUCUAGCAGCCAAGUGAGGCUCAGAGGAGGGAAGGGGCUGCCGGAGGACACGCUGUGCAGGGAGCCUCCUGCAAUCAAGGCAUCUCCAGAAACGGUUAUGCAACAGGUGAUGGGCGGGUGAAUGUCGCUGCCCCAGCACCCCCUGACUCCUGCCAGUUGGACAAAAGAGGAAGACAGCCUGUGCCCGAGUCCCCUGAGGACUGGCUCCGGGGCGAUGGGGAAGCGAGGGAACCCUUCCGCUCUCGGGCAGGAAGCCAAGGGCCCGGACAGCAGGCAGCCCCCCAACCUCCCGGGCAGGGAAAGCACACCCAGGCGCCUCCAGGAGAGGGCAGGGGCUGGGAAUGCACACCUGGCUGCUCCUGGGACAGGGCAGGGGCCGGGAGGGCUUGGGUACAGCCUUUCAGUCAGGAGUUGCCCUGGUGACAUGGUGGCUCACGGGGCCCCACCCAUCCUAAAUGCCCCCCACGCCACCCCCAGGCUGACAUCCACCUGCCCCAGAGCCCACGCCCUGGGGCAAGUAGCCACCAGCUCCAGCUGGUGGUACCAGCUCCAUGCCACCAGCUCCAGCUCCGGUGACAGGCUCGUGGGGGGCGCUGGGUGUCCCGUGGGCCUAAGCCCCCACUGCGGAGGUGGCCCCGCCCCUGGCCCGGCACACCCAGCCCAGUUUCCUCUGGGUGACUCAGCGUGUGAUGCUCGCUGCGCCAAGGCAGAUCUGUCGGUGUCCCACCACCCAGAGGGGCCCCAAGAGGCCAAGUCGUGCUCGGCCCGGAGCUCAGUCCACUCCUCAGUACUACCGGGGCUCAGGCGAGGACCCCAGGAGCACAGAAGGCCUCACCUCCGUGGACGUCGUGGAGGGCCCCCAGCAGGGUGGAGAUGGCCUGCAGAGUCCAGUGGCAGCUGGCCUGGUACCUGGAGAUGAUGGGGAAAGAGGAGCUAAAGGAGUUCCAGCUUCGGCUGCUGGAACAGCAGUUCUGGGGGGACCCUCCCCACGCCCUGCGGGCCCAGCUGGGGAAGGCACGCGGCUUGGAGGUGGCCUCGCGCCUGGUGGCCCAGUAUGGGGAGCAGCAGGCCUGGGUGCUGGCCCUCCGCACUUGGGAGGAAAUGGGCCUGAGCCGGCUCUGCGCCCAGUCCCGGGCAGAGGCAGGCUUGAUGUCAGCCGCACACCCCCUAUCCCCCGGCUCCCCGAUGGCACCCAGCAUGCAGUCCCCAAACUCACCUAUCUCCACUGAGGUGCUGAGGUUCAUCCAGGACCCAAGGACAAGGAAUUCGGGACAGCCACUGCCACCACUGCUGCCGAACACAUCUGGACACAUGUGGAAUGAAGACCCUUCCUCGUGCAAGUACCAAGAAGGCCUUCCAGACUCCCCAGAGUUUCAAGGUUCACCACACCAGGAGUCACCCAGUGCCCCCAUGCCCACGGCAGUGCUAGGGGGCUGGGAGGCCCCACCUCAGCCCAGCCCAGUGCCCGGGAAGCAGGAGGCGCCCAAGGCUGGGUGGCCCGUGGCUGGAACAUCUGGAAACCACAACCCAGCAGGAAUCACAGAAAGGUAUCAGCACCAGAGGAGAAAGAAGCCGUACCCCACAUGGUCGUGGGAAGACAAGGACCUGCACCAGAUAUUCAUACAGCUGCUGCUUCUGCAUCAGCCUUACCCUAGAGGCCACGAGUCCUUAACCAAGGGAAGAUGGCACCAUGGGGCAGAGAAGCAAGGACAUUUGAUUGAGGUCGAAGACCUAUUUGGCCCAGGCCUAGGUGCCCAGGAAGAGCCCCAAACAGUCAUACUGCACGGGGUUGCAGGCAUCGGGAAGUCAACACUGGCCAGGCAGAUAAGGACGGCGUGGAAGGAAGGCCAGCUCUACAAGGACCGCUUCCGACAUGUCUUCUACUUCAACUGCAGAGAGCUGGCCCGGUCCGAGACCAUGAGCCUCACUGAGCUCAUCACCAAGGCCCAGGCCGGCCCUGUACUUCCCGCUGAACAGAUCCUGUCUCAGCCAGGGCGGCUGCUCUUCAUCCUCGAUGAUUUGGAUGAGCCAAGAUGGGUCUUAGGGGAGCAGGAGUCAGAGCUGCAUUCGUCCUGGAGCAAGCAGCGGCCGGUGCACGCACUGCUGGGCAGCUUGCUGGGCAAAACUGUGCUUCCCGAGGUGUCCCUGCUGGUUACAGUGCGGACCACAGCUCUGCGGAGGCUUGUUCCCUCUGUGGGGCAGCUAUGUUGGGUGGAGGUCCUGGGGUUCUCCGAGUCCGGCAGGAGGGAGUACUUCUACAAGUAUUUCAAGAACAAAAGCCAAGCCACCCAAGCCUUCAGCUUGGUUGAGUUAAACCCAACGCUGUUAACCAUGUGCCUCGUGCCCUUGGUGUCCUGGCUGCUGUGCACCUGCCUGAAGAAGCAGAUGCAGCGAGGAGAGGAGCUCUCACUGGGUUCAUCCCAGACCACCACGGCCCUCUGGCUAUACUACCUCUCCCAGGCUCUCCCAGCCCAACUCCUUGGGGCGCAGCUGAGGGGCUUCUGCUCCCUGGCCGCUGAGGGCUUCUGGCAGGGAACGAACCUGCUCAGCAGGAGGGACCUCAGGAAGCACGGGUUCAAUGAGGCCACCAUCUCCACUUUCUUAAAGACAGGCAUCCUCCGAAAGCAUCCCUCCCCUCUGAACUACCACCUGGCUCACCGCUGUCUCCAGGAGUUCUUUGCAGCCGUGUCCUGCGUGCUGGGGGGUGAGGAUGGCGGAAGCCCUCACCCCGACAGCAUCAGAGGGGCAGAGAAACUGCUAGAGGUGUAUGAGGGACAUGACCUGUUUGGGGCCCCAACCACGCAUUUCCUCUUUGGCCUUCUGAGUGAGCAAGGGGAGCGAGAGAUGGAGGCGGUGUUCCAGUGCAAGCUGCCCCGGGAGAGGAAGCGGGACCUGCUGCGCUGGGCUGAGGCGGGGCUCUGGCCUCGGCUCUCCGCACCUCAGCCAUGCUCUCUGCACUUGCUCCACUGCCUGUACGAGAUUCAGGACGAGGACUUGCUGACACGGGCCAUGGCCCAUUUCCAUGGAAGGAGCAUGUGUGUCCAAACUGGCGUGGAGUUCCUGGUGUGCACUUUCUGCUUUAAAUUCUGCUCCCACGUGAAAAGGCUUCAACUGAAUGAGAGCCGGUGGGAUGGACAAGCAUGGAGGCCCUCCAGUGUGGCUCUGUUCAGCUGGGUCCCAGUCACAGAUGCCUGCUGGCAGGCUCUCUUUUCCACUCUCCGGGCCUCUGGAAGCCUGAAGGAGCUGGACCUGAGUGGAAAUCACCUGAGCCACCCCGCAGUUCAGAGUCUUUGUAAAGUCCUGAAAUUCCCUUGCUGCCACUUGGAGACUGUGCGGUUGGCCGGCUGCGGCCUGACGGCGGACAGCUGCAGCGACCUGGCCUCUGCGCUGAGUGCCAGCCCGGCCCUGGCGGAGCUGGAGCUGAGUUUCAACUUGCUCCUGGACGCUGGAGCCCAGCAUCUGAGCAGGGGGCUGAGGCAGCCGGCCUGCAGGCUCCGCCGGCUGCUGCUGGCUGGCUGCAGCCUCACCUCCCGCUGCUGCGGGGCCCUGGCCUCCGCGCUCAGCACCAGCCCCCUCCUCACGGAACUAGACCUGCAGCAGAACGAGCUGGGCGACGUCGGCGUGCGGCUGCUGUGCGGAGGCCUUGGGCACCCCACCUGCCAGCUCACGCUGCUGUGGCUGGACCAGACCCAGUUAAGUGAGGAGAUGACACAGAUGCUGAGGGCCCUGCAGGAGGAGAAGCCUCAGCUGUUCGUCUGCAGCAAAUGGAAGCCAAGGGCGACCGUCCCCACCGAGGGCCUGAGUCGGGGAGAGACAAGUGGCACGUCCUCACUCAAGCAGCAGAGACAAGGAUCAGAGAGAAGCUGCCCUCAGGUAGGCCAGGUGCAGCUGGGUCGCCCACCCUCUCCUGCUGCCCCGUGGGACCUGAACACAGAGCCUCUGAGGAUCGGGGAUGGCUUCUGGGGCCCCCUGGGGCCUGUGGCUCCCGAGUGGCUGGCCGAGGAUGGAAGCCUCUACAGGGUUCACCUGCCUGUGGCCGGCUCCUACCACUGGCCCGACACAGGCCUCCGUUUUGAGGUGAGAGGACCAGCAACCAUUGACAUUGAAUUCUGCGUCUGGGACCAGCACCUGCCCAGGGCCGGCCUAUGGCACAGCUGGAUGGUGGCGGGGCCUCUGUUUGACAUCAAGGCUGAGCCAGGGGCCGUGGCUACUGUGUGCCUCCCUCACUUCGUGGACCUGCAAGGUAGCAGCGUGGACACCUCCCUGUUCUACGCGGCCCACUUAAAAGAUGAGGGGAUGCUGGUGGAGACGCCAGCCAGGGUGGAGGCAGACCACGUAGUCCUGGAGAACCCCAGCUUCUCCCCCAUAGGAGUCCUGCUGAGGACCAUCCACGCCGCCCUGCGCUUCCUCCCCGUCACCUCUGUUGUGCUGCUGUACCAUCACCUGAGGCCCGGGGAAGUCGCCUUCCACCUAUACCUCAUCCCCAGUGACUACUCCAUCCGCAAGGCCAUAGAUAAUGAAGAGAAAAAGUUCCAGUUUGUGCAGAUACACAAGCCGCCCCCACUGGCCUCGCUCUACAUGGGCUCCCGCUACACUGUGUCUGGCUCAGAGAAGCUAGAGAUAAUCCCCAAGGAGCUGGAGCUCUGCUACCGCAGCCCCAAGGAACCCCAGCUCUUCUCUGAGUUCUACGUCAGCCACUUGGGGUCGGGGAUCAGGCUGCAAGUGAGAGACAAAAAGGAUGACACAGUGGUGUGGGAAGCCCUGGUGAAACCAGGGGAUCUCCGGCCUGUGGCUUCUCUGGCUCCUCCAGCCCCCGCAGAUGCCCCGGCCUGGCUGCACUUCGUGGACCGGCAUCGGGAGCAACUGGUGGCUCGGGUGACGUCGGUGGAUCCUGUGCUGGACAUGCUGCAUGGGCAGGUGUUGAGCGAGGAGCAGUACGAGAGGGUGCGGGCCGAGGCCACGACCCCCAGCCAGAUGCGGAAGCUGUUCAGUUUCAGCAGGUCGUGGGACCGGGCCUGCAAGGACCAGGUGUACCAGGCUCUGAAGGAGGCCCACCCUCACCUCAUCAUGGAACUCUGGGAGAAGUGGGGCGGCAACAGUGGCAAGCAGGCGCCUCCUGGCCAGCCCAGCAGCUGCAUCUCCAGCACCUGCCAUGAGGCCUGGCUCUGCUGACCACUCGUAGGGGCCUCGGCAUCUCCAUCUGGACACAAGCACAUGUCCGAGCACCCUCCGGCUCCGAAGUCUUGGGGCUCCAGCGAUGCCCCCGCCCAGGGGGCACCACACAAGGCUCAGCUUUCCCAGGUGGGCUGUCGAGGCGCCACACUACAUCUCAGGGAAUAUCCAUCUGCAGCUGGCAGGACUUCUGCGGACCUUGCAGGAGCCUGAGCUGAGAGCCCGGGGUGGCAGGUGCCGCAGCCCAGCCUGGAGCUGUCCCGGGGCCGCUCGGAUGCAAGGAGGGGCAAGGGGGCCCUGCGGCUGGUGAGGGUGGGCUCCCGGGGGGAAUCGGGGCCAGAAAGAGAUUCAUUUUUCACUUGAGCCUGUGGGGCUGGGUUUUUGCGUGAACCCAAACUGUGCUCCGUAGUUUCUGAAGGCAAGAUGGGCUGCUGGAGCUGGGAGGGGGCAGAGAAGGAUGCCACAGGGGAAACGGGGUCUGGACCCCACUUAGACGUCUCCUCCAGCACAAAUGGACUCCCUCACCUUUUGCCCGCACUGAGCACCCCUGCCUUGCACUCCCGUGGCACCUGGUGCCCCUCAUUCCCCUCAGAGCACUCAGCACGUGGCUUCAUACAUCCUGCUCCAUUGCUGGCCUCCCCGCACCAGACAGGAAACUCUCCAAGAGCGGGAGCCACGUGUGAACUCAUCAGUUGACUUCAGAGCCUCGCACAGUGCCUGGCACGCAGGCGAGCAUGAAGUGAAGCUUUGUUAGUAGGCACUUGGUAAAGGAACCCUCCCCGGGCACAUCCCUCAGCUCCCAUCCUGGCCAGUGCACAUCCAUAGGAACACAGGGCCGCCCUCGGGAUGGUCCCCAAGUCGACAAGCCACCCCCACAGUCCCAGGGUGCCAGCAAUCUUAGAACAGAACCUGCUGGUGUUAACAGAUUUACACCAACAUCCUUCUCAUCGCAGGGGAGCCAGCUCUGCCCAAGAUCAGGAAGCAUGAGCUGAUUGUAACCCCCACGAUGGUCAUCCUGCUCCCUCGGAGUCACUUCUCCCCCCCACUCACUCCGGCCCACUCCCCUUGACAUCACCCUCUGCCUCGCAGCCCCAGGGAUACUCUUCUUGGGCAUUCCUGACUCUGAGGUUAAGACAAGAUCACCAAUGCACAGGCUCCAGCCGGUGCCCUGCAUGUGCUAAGACAGGAACAUUACGCCUUCCCUUCCUGGGGCCCCAUAAACGCUCCCCCUUGCCCACUAACACAGCUCACCCAGCUCCUUGCUGCAGUGACGUGGCUCUCUGACCCCUGCUCGGCUGGGGCCUAAAUUCGCACUGUCAGAACACCCCCAAACCUAUUAUUUGGGACCGCGGGCAUUUGCAUGUCAUGAAACUACAUCGUUCCACAUGGGGACCACAGGCAGCGAGCUGGGUAGAUGGGGUGUCUCAGACUGAGAAGUACAUGGGGGGCGUUGGGACUGUAAACUGAAUUAGGGGACAGCUCACAGGGGCCACACAGGGCACUGCUGGGGUCUCACAGGAAGACAAGGAAAAGCUACUGGGGAGGCAGGAGGAAGCUAGAUCUUGGGAAAAAAAGAUGGGGGAGGGAGCACAAAAGGAAGGUCCUCGGGUAUUACUAGGUCAGUGGAAGGUGGAGAAAAGCCAGCUGCAACGACUCUUGACUCUCGACUCUCGGAUCAGAGCCUCAAAGUGAAUAGCCAGUGCCCUCUGUGCCCUAGAGUUUCCCAGUAGCCUUUGCUCCCAGGGGCCCAUCUCUCCAUUGAGAACAAGCUGUAGUCUGACCAGGGCAGGGAGCCUCUGUCUUUGCUCAAAGGCUGUCAGCCCUCCCUACCUGGGAGCUUCACUCUCAGGACUGCGAAAAGACACCAAGAACCAUUAAUGUGCCAAGAAAAGAAGCUUUACUGUCCCUGGUCCACCGGGAUGACCUCCGUCCAGCCCACUCGAUGCCAAGUGUAUACAAACCUAGUAACACCCACAAAGCCUCUGGCAUCCAUUCACAGUCCCCCAGCACAGUGAAUUCAUACCAUCCCACCCCAUCCCCAGAGGCAAAACCCAUGACUGUAUUCCCACUACUUCCUCUGGCGGCCACCAAGACCUAUACCCCCAAGGUCUAGCAGAACGCAAGUGCCAGACAUUAGAUGGACAUUUGCUGAAUUCACACAAGGAAUGAAUUCUCAAGGAAGGAUGCCUUUUUUUUUCUUUUUAAGAUUUUACUUAUUCAUGGGACAGGUAGAGACACAGGCAUGCGUGUGGGACUUUGGGGACUUAGGAGCCCCUCAGUGGCUUUUCUUAAGGAAUCACUACCUCAGGACUUCUGGAAGGCAGGCAAUACUCGUCCCGAUGAUGAGAGCAAUACAGACUCCCUUGCUCUGGUCCAGGCCCUAAUCCUGGAACCAGGGAAGGAAGGGGUCCCAGGGAGAACCCGUGGUCCCCUGUACUGUGGUGAGCCCCAGCCAGGAGGGCGGUUUGGAGAAGGAGCCAGGGAGCAGGGAAAUGCCCGGAUGGGAGCAUGACAGGAGGGCACUUGAUGGGAAGAGAUGGCAUUAGGCAGGCGUCCUUGGCUCUGUCCCUGGUUUCCUAGCAACAGCCGUGGAGCAGGUGGUUGCUAGGCAACUUGGGGCCACCCAGACAGCUGGUGGAGAUCCUCCGUCUGCGUGGGCAUGGAUCAGAACAGCACAGGGCAGCAUCAGUGCCAAGAGUGGCCCCUUGGCCCAUUACUUGUAUUCUCUUGUGUGUUGAUUGCUUUAGUUGCACAGAGAACAAGUAACAUGAAGUCUGGAAAAACAAGGGGGAGACCAUCGCUGUCCCAACGAUGCAGGAAUGAUCACCUUUACCUCUCCAGUUCUGGCCCAUCUCUGCAGGAAUACAUUCCACCCCGUGGCCGUCCCUGCACACGUGGUUUUGAAUCCUGCCUUUCUGGCUCGGAAUCAGAUCAGCUCGAGGACUUGUCAAGAGUCUUCAGGGGACUUCUGUGUGGAGACCAUGCACGGUCCCAUGGGAGGGGCUGGGGCAGAUCCAUCAUUUAAUUCAUCAGGUCCUCCUCUUGUUCCCAAGCUGACCUGGCUUCCCACAAUUUUCUGCCGUGGUGAGCACUACUGCAGUGCGCACCCUGUUAUAGAGAACCUUCCUUUACUCUUAGAUCCUUGUCUCUAAAUCAGUAAUAAAGGGGCGAGAUGAUCCUA